GGGUGGGAAAGAAAGGAGGGUGUUGUCUCACACAGUGUUGAAUAUCAGGUGAAGCGCGUCUCUAGCUGGUGCAUUUCUCUGAGGGCAGCAGCAGCAGACAGAUUCCUCAGGGAGCUACACCGGGUGUGUGCGUCUCGACAUAACAGCCAUAAAUAGCCUACCGUCUGAAUAGUUUGUCCAGUCCAUACGAAAAAUACAUUUGCUUUGAUCAUACUUGUACUGUCAAAGAACGGUACUCGUUUGGGAGGCAUUUAGGGAUAACAAGUGGGACUUCUGUUCAAUGAAAACAUCCCUCCAGCAAGUUUCUAUCAUGCCAUUUCAGUCCCAUCGUGAAAGAGACACCGUAAACAUAUCGGAUCUUGACUUUAUGACCCAGAAGGCCCUGCAGCCAAACUCCAAAGACAGAUGGCGCAACAAGCAGUGACAGUGCUGAAGAUUCACUAUCCUGACCUGUCAGUGUUUUUAAUGUUACUGCCAAGGACAUGUGAUUUGUGCAGGCAUUGGCAAGGGCUCAUGCCUCAUAGCAUUAAAGAUCUGUGAUUGAAAAGGUACAAACUUCUCCAGUCUUGAGUCACAAGAAGGGGAAAUACAAAAUGGUGGACUCCCAAUGCCGGUGCGGAAGUUUGCAUUUAACCAAACAUGACAGUCAAUCCCAAAGACAUUCAACUAGUGAAUGAACCGUAAAUAAACCCAAAAUGGUUCCCUCAGAUGAGAACAUCACGUUCCCUGUGUCAGAAAGCUGUCCCAACUGCAGUUCCUCCUCCUUCGCUGAGGUGGAUAUCACUAAGGCGGUGACCCUGGGCCUGGUGAUGGGGGUGUUUGUCAUCUUCGGGGUUCUCGGUAACAUCCUGGUUAUCCUGUCUGUGGUGUGCCACCACCACCUACGCUCCGUCACGCACUACUUCAUCGCCAACCUUGCGGCGGCAGACCUGCUCCUGAGCUCCACCGUGCUGCCGUUCUCUGCCACCUCGGAGGUCCUAGGCCGCUGGGUGUUUGGCCGGUCUUUCUGCAGUGCCUGGGCCGCCCUGGAUGUUCUCUGCUGCACUGCCUCUAUCCUCAGCCUGUGUGUCAUCUCUGUUGACCGCUACCUAGCAGUCAGCUACCCGCUGCACUACCCUGCCAUGGCCACUGGGCGGCGCGGCCUGGUCGCAGUGGCAGCUCUCUGGGGCCUCUCGGCAGCCAUAUCCGUAGGUCCACUCUUCGGCUGGAAGGAGCCCGACCCAGAGGACGAGACUGAGUGCCGGAUCACAGAGGAACCGGGUUAUGCUAUUUUCUCUGCCCUGGGGUCGUUCUAUGUGCCACUAGCUGUCAUCCUGGCCAUGUAUUGCAAGGUGUAUGUGGUGGCCAAGCGGAAGACUCGAGACCUGAGGGAGGGAAGGAAGAGGGAGGGGGGGAUGCAUACAGAGGGAGAGGGAGUGACACUGAGGAUUCAUCGGGGAAAUGCCCCUGCUAAGCCAGAGGGGCAAGAGGAGGAGGGAGAGAAAUGCAUCAUGAGGCGGAGACGCACCACCUUCGCCCUCAUGCACCUGCUGAAAUUCUCCCGAGAGAAGAGGGCAGCCAAGACUCUGGGCAUUGUGGUUGGCUGCUUCGUUCUCUGCUGGCUGCCCUUCUUCCUGGUUAUGCCCAUAGGCUCCAUAUUCCCAUCGUACAGGCCAUCUGACACCAUAUUUAAGAUCACAUUCUGGCUGGGCUACCUCAACAGCUGUAUCAACCCCAUUAUCUAUCCCUGCUUCAGCCAGGAGUUCCAGAGGGCCUUCCUCAACGUUCUGCAUGGACGCUGCCUCAGACAGGGUGGCAGGAGCACCAAGUCUCUGGGGUUUGCUCCUUCCUAUAGUCCCAGUCCUGGUCCAUCGUCUCUUUUUAGAUCCCAGCCUCACGCCUCCUCCUCCUCCACCCCCCCUACCCAGCCACGCCGAGCCGCCUCCCCAGCAUCUCACGCCUCCUUCUCAGGCUGCUGGAGGACCUUCUCUGGCUCAUCUUCCUCGGUGGGGGUGCCAGGCCAUACCCAAAGUAACCGGGUCCACAGUAAAAGCCUGCUGAAGGUGUGGUGUUUUGCAGCGGGGGAGAACCCGUCCCAACAGGGUGCUGCUUGCCUGAGCCCCUCAGCCCCUGGUGCUACAUGUCAAACGAAAGUCCAUUGCCACUCCCUGGGAGCAAGAGGGGAGGCUGUCUGACUGGGAACACUAAAGGAUUCUGGGUAAUUAAAAUUUCCCCCAGUUCUGGGAAAAUAAUGUGGCACUUAUUGGCAUGAAGUUAAGACGUCUCUCUCGAGACCUGCUGGAAUCAGUCAGUACAGCUAUUGACAUAAAGCUGAUGUGUCUUCAUGUUUUGGGAAAUGGGAGAGAGUACACCCACUGAAGAAGAUACUGUAACACACCUGGAGGUAGAGAUGUACUGUACUGUAUGUGCUUCACUGUAGAUUGAUGUACAGUAUGAAUCAAAAGGAUACACAGUGUCAGUACAGAAACUGAAUAAAGAGUACUGAGUCAGUAAAGAGACCAGGGUUGGGGAGUAGCUGAUUACAUGUAAUCAGUUACACGCAAUCGGAUUACAAAAAACUGUAACUGCAAUCAAUUAUGUUACCAACUAAAAUAUUGUAAUCAGAUUACAGAUACUUUAGAAAAACUAGAUUACUUCUUGGAUUACUUUUAAAUUCAGAAAGGCUGUUUGUGAAAAAAUACAUUAUGACACCUUCCUGUUUUCUCAAAUCAAAAUAAAAUAAAAUUGAAUUUGUCACAUGCGCCGAAUACAACAGGUGUAGACCUAACUGUGAAAUGCUUACUUACAAGCCCUUAAUUAAACAACAAUGCAGUUUUAAGAAAAAUAAGAAUUAAGAAAAUAUUGACUAAAUAAACUAAAGUUUAAAAAAUACAAGAGUAACAAUAACGAGGCUAUAUACAGGGGCUACCAGUACCAAGUCAAUGUGCGGGGGUACAGGUUAGUCGAAGUAAUUGAGGUAAUAUGUACGUGUAGGUAGGGGUAAAGUGACUAUGCAUAGACUAUAAACAGCGAGUAGCGGGCUCAAUGCACAUAGUCCGGGUAGCCAUUUGAUUAGCUGUUCAGCAGCUUGACGGUCGAAGCUGUUAAGAAGCCUUUUGGACCUAGACUUGGCACUCCAGUCCUGCUUGUCGUGCGGUAGCAGAGGGAACAGUCUAUGACUAGUGUGGCUGGAGUCUUUGGCAAUUUUUAGGGCCUUCCUCUGACAUUCAAUUCAGCAUUGAUAAAAAGGAACAAGUUUAAGAUCGUUCACACACCAAAUGUGUUUGAUGUAUCCUUUUUGUCUUGUUCUGAUGUCUCUUAAGGGGAAAGUAAUCCAAAAGUACCUGAAAGUAAUCAGAUUACGUUACUGAGUUUGGGUAAUCGCAAAGUUACGUUACUGAUUACAAUUUUGGACAGGUAACUAGUAACUGUAACAGAUUCCAUUUAGAAAGUAACCUACCUAAACUUGACAGAGACUGAAUGAAAAUGUGCUUUCAGGUCACCGAAGAUGAUUAUUUGAGGAUGAUGUCCAUACAUAGGUUCAAUUUACCAUCCAUACUGCUACCUUUUUUUGGACAAUAUUUAUGACAAGCUUACCAUCAUAUGCAGUUUUCACGGUGCUUUGUACAAAAAAAUGUCACGCGUGCUCGGCUCUUACUAUGUAAAGUAGCUACUGUGCUGCUGGUGUGCAUGCUUGUGUCUUGUGACAGUGGUCUCUUUCUUUACCUACUCAAAUAGCAGAAGAACAUGCACAGCUAGAUACUCCGACACACUAGACCCAGAGAAUGAGCCAAAUACCUGCUAUGCAUUGCAGGAUGUUAUAGUUCAUUGAUCAGUAAAGAUAAAGUCCGUAAGAGUCUGUGUAACCCAUUUCAAUAUUAAAUGCAAUGGAAAUUGUGUAAAAUAUAGAAAAUAUGUAUUAUUAUGCCUCUCUCCAAUCAUAGUUGAAUAUGUCACUGUAUCUGCACCAAUCCUCAAUGAAAAUUAGACAUGUCA